AUGGCCGAGUUCGCCAUCAACAACGCCGUGCAUGCCUCGGCGGGGCAUACACCGUUCUUCGUGAACGCCAUGCGGCAUCCACGCCUUCCGAACACGCUCGAGGCGGUGGUUUCCUCCUUAAGUGGGGGAGGACCUACGGUUGCGCUCGAACAACCGCAGAAUACAACUAAUAUGGACCUAUCAGCUGCGAUGACACGUGCGAGAGUGAGAGACCGCACACGACAAGGCGACGUGUCAGUGCCGGGCACUGACACUGUGAACAACCACGAGCAGGCGACACCUGCAUCAACCAAAGACAACGUGUCUGUGCAGGGCACAGACACCGCGAAGACUCACGCCCAGGCCGGGCCUGCUGCAAUCACACACGAAGUGUCAGUGCCGGGCACUGACACCACCAAGAGCCACGCACAGUCGGGGACUGAUGCGAACACAAGUGGCGGGUCUGUGCAGGGCACAGACGCGGACAAGACCAAUGCGCUGGACCCGGGGUUCAGCUCUUAA